UAUACAAAGUUGCACAUGAUUUAACUAUCAAGCCCUUAGUUCAGCUGUGGCUGACCCACACGGUGGUUACGUCUACCGGUAAUUGGCGGGAGCUGUUAGGAGCCUUUUUGGGGUGUCUUUCCAACCGAAAUCCUUCGAUACCUGGAUAUCCUCUAAUGAGGUGUACUACCGAGUUGUAGUUUGGAUGUUACCUCUGAGCGCGUGACCGCCGAACGUCCACAUAUGGAUGGCCACCGGCUCCCAUCUGGUGGCUCGGGCCAGGUCCUCGCCAGUAACAGAAGUGACAAACAUACCGUAGGAGAUAUGCAAAAUGGAGGUACAGCUGACAUCUUCGAGGGCAGCUUGGCUUUGGGAGGCGACAACCGGGGCGUCGCCAUCGAAACGCCAUUGUCAGCUCCACCAGCUUCGCUUAAAACUAAAGAUGGCCCAGAAAGCAACCAAAUUAACACUUCCCGCACGCCGGGCUACCAUCCAAUCGGCGCAGCACCCACAUCCGGUGCCGCUGCUGCCACCACGCCGAUCCCGCUCCAUCGCGCCUACAGCAGCGGAGGCAGCGCAGGCGCGGCCGCCCUCACCCCAUCCAACACCACUCCCAACUUCAACCUCUUCUCCAACAACGCCACCGCAACCACCCCCCUUCCAACGCCCGCAGCCGCACCGAAACCUCCCGUACCCCUCCCGAACACCACUCCCAUUGCCACUCCGGGCAUGGGCGCUCACACACCCGCUGCUGGCGGCAACAGCAACAUCCCAGGCAGCGGCCCAGGCGGCAAUAACAACAACAACAACAGCAGCAGCACCAGUGGUGGCGGCAUGGUGAUUGCGCUGUCGCGACUUGGGCUGCGCAUGUCGGGACUGGAUUGCGAGCUGGCAGCUGCGAGGGCGGAGCGGGAGGGGCUGGUGAGGGAGCUGGAGAGGAGCCGCAAGGCCCAGGUGACUGCCGAGGCGGAGCUGUCCGCCUGCCGCGCCGCUGCCCGCAGUCAGGUUUCGGAGCUGCAAGACGAGGCGGCGGCUGCCGUACGGCGUGCGGCUGCGGCUGAGGAGGCGGCUGAGGAGCUGAGGCGGCGGCUGGAGGGACAGCGGGCGGCGGUGGAGGGCGUGCUGGCGGGGCGGGAUCGCCGGGUGACGGAGCUGCUGGCCACUGUAGCCAGUCUGCGGGAGGAGGCCGGGGCCCGGGAGGCAGAGCGGGCCGCUGCGGCGGGGCAGUUGCGGGGCAUGAGUGCGCUGCUGGGAGCGGUGGAGGCGGAGCAGGGGGCGCUCAGGGGCCAGGUGGGGGCGGGUGAGGAGGAGGAACAGGAGCAGGAGGGGACACGCUGCUGGGGCAAGGAUAAUUUGAGCCAGCUGAUGGGAGAAAACACAAAUACAAACACUCCAGUGCGUUCCUUCCCGCGGCCAGUUUUCUCAACACACACACUUCCUCGCUAUGCCACACGGUUCCUAUUGCAUGGCACACGUCUUGCAUGUUGCCACCCCGCCCUUCCGCGUUGUUGCCGCUGGGCUCCCGUCGCACCCCUCCGGGGGCAGGUUUCGGAGCUGCGCUCCCGUCUGGCGGCUCAGGAGGCGGCUGUGUCGGGGGUGCAGCGAUGGAGUGAGGAGGCGCUGGAGGGCCCGGGGGGCAUGCGGGAGCUGCAGCGGGCGGCGGAGGGAACCGCGGAGAGGGUGGCCCGGAUGGCCGAGCGUCUGAAGGCCGCCGAGGCCGCCGCGGCUGGUUUGCGGCUUAGGACGGUCGAGCUGUCGGCACAGCUGCACUCGGAGCAGGCUGCUGUGGCGUCGCUGCAGCAGCGGCUGGCGGAGAGGGACGGCCAGCUGGCGGCGACGCUGGCGGAGCGCAGCCGCCUGGCGGAGGCGGUGGCGGCGGGGGAGGCGCAGCUGGCGGAGGCGGAAGCGGCGCAGCAGCAACUGGCGGAGGCGCUGCGGCGGAUGCAGGAGCGUUUCGCGGGCGGCUUCGCCGCCGCGGCGGCGGCUGCUGCCGCCGCUGCCGCUGACGCGGCGGAGGCACGGCGCAGCUCGGAGGCGCUUCGCGCCUCCGCCGCCGCCGAGGCGACGGCGAGGGCAGUAGCAGCGGCGGCGGCUGCCGCCGCAGCUGCUACUGCCGCCCCGACUGCGCCCGCUGCAGCCGUUGUCGUGAAGUCAGAGCCCUCAGGAGGCCAGGAGCAGCCAGGGAGGGGCAACAGCAAGCCCGAGAGACCGUACGAAGGCGGUACUACCGGUGCUGCCACUACCAAUGACGCGUCAGGGAGGAGCGCUCCCGCAACGGCCAAGCCAUCCUCUUCGGCCCUGCAGCCACGACAAAUGCCGGGCCAGCAGCAGGCAGCGCCGCCACCACCGCAACUGCUUGUACGACGGCAGAGCUCCACUGCCUCCGGCGCCUCAGGCGCUGCUACUGCUGCAGCGGUCCCCCCGGUACCGACGGCGGAGCCAUGCAAUGAUGCAGGGCGUACGGACACGGGCACAGCGGCGGCGCCGCAGUCAACACUGGCGGCGGCGGCGGCAGCGGCGGCGGGAGCAACGUCGCCGCCUGUCGUACAGCCGUCAGCGACGGUGGCGGAGGCCACGGCGCCGUCAGCCCGUACAGCGGCGGCGCCUGCGCUUGCAACCAACACGGCCCCAACAACCGGCGCUGGCUCCCCCGCCGCUGCUUCGCUUCUACAGCCUACAUUGCCUGGUGAGACGGCAGGUACUCCCGCGGCGGCGGCUGAUCCAGCGGCGGCAACAGCUCUAACGGCGGCGGCAGCGGCAUCGAUGGCGCCACCUUCAGCACCGCAAGUGGGCCAAUCGCCGCUGCCAGCUUCAGUCACGACAACGAGAAAGGAGGGGCGCAGGCUGGGUGAUACGCUGCAUGCUAUUGCUGCCGCUGCUGCUGCCGCGGCAGCGUCGGGCGCAGCCAGAAGUACGGCCCAACUGACGCCACAAGAUGGUUCAAAGCCCCAGCCGUCGGCCAUCUCUGCAGCGACGGCUUCAGCGUCAGUGCUAGCGGCGACAGCGGGCGCGACGGCGGCAGCGUCAUUGCACGCGGCGGCGGCGGCGGCGGAAGUUCAGCCGCCGGGUGUCGUACAGAAGCGCCGUCGGUCGCUGCCGUCGCCCGUGUUGGCAUCGUCGCCGAUGAUGACGUCAGGGCUGCAAACCAGCAGGGAAGCACCUGCGCUGUCGGGAACUGAUUGUGGACCUGUUGCUCAAGGGGAUCGCAGUGGCAGUGGAGGGGGCGGCGGCGGCGAUACGAGCAAUGGUGAUGGAGGCAGUGACAAUGACAGUCGCAGCGGCAGCGGCAACGCUGCCCGCACCAACAGCACCAGCAGCGGCGGCGGACGAGCCUCUGCUGCAACCCAUGUUACCCAACAUGUGGCAGCACCUCCGCAACCGACUGCCGUACAUGUUCCGGAGCAGCUACCUCCGCAGCAGCAGCUACAAGUACCACGCCAGGACCACCAAACGCACCACCACCAUCACCAGCAACAACAACGACAACCCGACGGCGAGGGCUUUUCGGAGGACGUGAAGGAGUCGUCGACGGCGGAAGGUGAACCAGCCUCAAAGCGCUACCGUACGGACGCGGCAGCCAAGGAUGACGCCGCUACCGCGCCUGCCGCUACCGGCGCCAGCGCUGAUGGUGGGCUGCUCGGGCGCAUGGAGGGGGCUUUUUCAGCUGCCACUCCAGCCGCAUCCCAAUUGCAACAGCCGCAGCCGACACCUCAUAACAGGGGCCUAGUCACACGCUAUUCAGCUGCGUCCGGGCCCACCACCGCAUCAGCGGCAGCAGCAGCACAAGCGGCAGCCGCAGCAGCUGCCCCGAGGCCUAAGAAGAUGCCGGCGGUGGCGAUGGCGGCGGCGGCUGACGGAGAGGCUGCGGAGGGAUGCAUGUCCGCGUCCUUUGAUUUCAUUCGGGAGGAAGAGGGGCCCGGGCCAUCGCAGCGUGCGGAGCCUGUGGUUGUCAGACAGGAACGCAACGUAGACGGCGGUGGCAGUGGUGGGGGCGGUGGCAGUGGUGGGGGCGG